CGCGGCAUUUACUUUUAGAUUGUCACUUGAUUCCGAUGCUAGGAGUGAGGCGCGGUAGAAAGCUAACCGGUUUAUCACAGAAUCAGAUGCUAACGAUUUACACUCACGGAUUUCAUUUGAAAACAUUCGUCUGCUGUAAAAUUCUGAUUACAAUAGUACAUUAUUACCUUUAGCUGUGAUUGAGCAUCGGGUCGUCGGCCUGUUUAAUGUUCAGUGGCCUAUUAAUUCAACACCGGCAACAUCUUAACAUGCAUCGGCUUCACAACGUUGACUUUCGGUCGUUAGUCGCAGGUGCAGUUAAUCAGUCGUCUGUUCUUUUACGGUCGAAGUCAGUGGAAUCAUCAGGUAUAGUCAGCUUGAUUCGAUUGAUAACUCAGGGGCCGGUAGAGCAGUAUGGCUUGAAGCGAUUCAGCACAGCUGAGGCUACGGUGGAAGCACAACACAGUGGCAAGAUUCGGGAGAAGACCUUGACUAUGGAGACCCUGAACCCGCAGGUGAAAGCGGUGGAGUACGCUGUGAGAGGACCAAUUGUCACCAAGGCUCGUGACAUCGAGAGAGGUUUACAGCAGGGCGUCAAGCAACCCUUCCAGGAAGUCAUCAAGGCAAAUAUUGGAGAUGCACAUGCCAUGGGUCAGAAACCAAUCACCUUCCUCCGCCAGGUGGUGGCUCUCUGUUCCUUCCCUGAGCUGCUGGACAGCCCCAGCUUCCCAGAGGACGCCAAGCAACGCGCCAGACGCAUCCUGCAGGGCUGUGGGGGACAAAGCCUUGGGUCCUACACAGCCAGCCAGGGGGUGGACUGCAUCCGCCAGGACAUUGCUGCCUACAUCGAGCAGAGGGACCAGGGGGUCCCAGCCAACUGGGAGAACAUCUACCUCACCACGGGGGCCAGUGACGGCAUUGUGAGCAUCCUGAAGAUGCUGGUGUCUGGCCAGGGCCGGUCCCGUACUGGUGUGAUGAUCCCCAUCCCCCAGUACCCCCUGUACUCUGCAGCCCUUACAGAGAUGGAGGCCGUCCAGGUGAACUACUACCUGGAUGAGGCCAACUGCUGGGCUCUGGACAUCAACGAGCUGCACAGGGCCUACAAGGCUGCCAAGAAGCACUGCCAGCCCAGGGUCAUCUGUAUCAUCAACCCUGGCAACCCCACAGGCCAGGUCCAGAGUAAGAAGUGCAUAGAGGAAGUCCUGCACUUUGCCUACGAGGAGAAUCUGUUUGUCAUGUCUGAUGAGGUGUAUCAGGACAACGUGUACUCUCCAGACCAUAAGUUCCACUCCUUUAAGAAGGUGCUGUAUGAGAUGGGCCCAGAGUACUACAACAGUGUGGAACUGGCCUCCUUUCACUCCACCUCCAAGGGCUACACUGGGGAGUGUGGUUUCCGAGGGGGUUAUAUGGAGGUGAUGAAUCUGGAUCCGGAGGUCAGGGCCCAAAUGGUGAAGCUGCUGUCUGUGCGUCUGUGUCCUCCAGUCUCUGGACAGGCAGCCAUGGACGUCAUCGUCAACCCCCCACGCCCAGAGGAACCCUCCUACCCCCGCUUCCUCAAGGAGAAGAGUACAGUGCUAGGGGUCCUGGCUGAGAAGGCCAAGAUGACGGAGCAGAUCCUGAACUCGGUCCCGGGGAUCCAGUGUAAUCCAGUGCAGGGAGCCAUGUACGCCUUCCCUCAGAUCUUCAUCCCCCCGCGCGCCGUGGACGAGGCCAAGAAUCGGGGGAUGCCAGCUGACAUGCUGUACUGUCUGAGACUGCUAGAGACGACCGGCAUCUGUGUCGUACCAGGAAGUGGUUUCGGACAGAGAGAAGGGACCUAUCACUUCAGAAUGACCAUCCUGCCCAGCACUGAGAAGCUCAAGAUUCUCCUGGAGAAGGUACGAGAGUUCCAUAUCAAGUUCCUCAAGGAGUAUUCAACAUCACAGGAUGACCCUCAGAGAUAAAUGCGCUGAGGAGAACCACAGCGGAACCCGCUAGAACCCUCAAGUAGAACCCUAACUUGACAAUGCUCGGUACUGACACCAAGUCAGCUUGACAUAAUUAGUUGUGUGGAGUGAAAACGAUUACAACCGUUUAUUUCCUAUUCUGAAUCUGUUUGCUUGAAGAUGAAUCUGUUUGGAGGACCUUAUGUUAUGUAUGUUACAGAUGCUGCGCCUUUGAUGUCUGAUUUGUGGUCAAACAUUAAGGACAAACUACUGUCUUGAGAUGUCAACGACAAGACAACACAAUGUUGUUGUUCACUAAAAGCUGCUCUCCUAAACGAGGACUAACCCAAAUUAUUGUUAGUAUUAUUAUUAUCAUUAUAUUACUUGGAUAUUUUUACAAUUACAUAUCUGUCAACCUCAAGGACCCAAAAUCCGGCCAACUGCUGACCCCUCCCACUCCCUUAGUCAAACAGGAGUGGGAAACAAGAGGUGGCUUAUCCAGGUCAGGGAGGACUUUGUGAGACCCCUGACCUUGCUCAGGGCCAAAAUAAUAACCACUUAGAACAUAAUGUUCUUUCCAGACGCAGAACAGCAUCUCUCUGUCGGGCCUUAGAAGGUCUGGGUGGUAUGUGGUCCGGUAUACUGUCCACAACACCAGGUCUGUGGGCUUCCCGACGCGGGGACCACAACUUAAUGUCUCUGUGAGUCCUGUCAUUUCAAAUCUGCGGGUGGAACGAGUCUAAACUUGAUAUGAACUGGUGUUACUUUUAACUGAGUCUUGCUGGCAUCUGGUCAUUAUUUACAUGGCUGGAUCCCCAGGAUUCACCCCUGGUAGUUUACAGUUCUAGAAGACACAAGAAGGUUCUAGAAUACUCAAGGUGAGGUUCUAGAACACGCAAGGUGGGGGUCUCUAAGAUUCUCUGGGUUUCUAGACCUACAGUAUUACGUCAUAAUGUGCAUAUUGUUCCUGACGUUUGUUUACACUCCAAACUGAUGGUGACUUGAACCGGGCAUCUUGUUUGUGAUCAUGUGCACUUUAGAAAAGGGAAGACUCGUCUAGCAGGUAGCUUAGCUGCAAGACAAUGUCCUUGCUGAUAUCCCUCACUUUAAAAGCAGUGAUGAAAUGGUUUCCUUAUUCAUUCAUUUAACGGCCUUUGGUCCUGCAGAAUAAGCCUUUAACAAAUGUUUGUUGAAUGUUGAAGUCGAAUAUUCAUCUGAUCCACAAACCUAAGCUCAACCUGAUUCUGCUUUCUUGGUGCAAUCAAAGCACCACGCACACAUACGUUAUUCUCUUGCAGUACAAGAAUGUACUACUACUAAUACUGUAUUUGCGAUGGUACAUACUAAUGCCACACAUUAAUGUAGAAAACUCAGUCUUGCAUAUUCUCCAAUACAAAUGAAUAGAGGUGCUUUAUUUUGUGUAAAAUCAUACGCAUUCAUAUUGUAUCUAUUUUUGUAUGCAGUUCAUCAUACUGACACUGAAGAUGGUGCAGAGUUAUGUAUACAUUGGCAUUUUUAGAGCAUUAAUCAAUUCUAAUUUAAGAAAAUAUAGUUUUGGACCAUUCAACAAAGACAAGUUGCCUUUAUUGGCAUCAAUCCAUCUCUUUACUUUGGAGAAUUACUUGAAUGUGUUGUACAUAUGUAUUGCUUGCAGUAUCUCUUUGUAUUGAAUAUUAAUGUUUUGAUUUUGUAUACCUGGUUUCUACUAUAUCAUCUGUAUCUGUUAUGAACUGAGGAAAGAAACUGACAAGUGGGGGUUUGGGUUGGUAAUGAAUAUGAGUUAACUAGCUUCUUUUUAAACCGAGGACUGACUGUACAACUUUCUCUAGACUUUGACUAUACCUUUUUAAUAUGUUGUCUUAGAUACAAUUAACAUUUGCCCAUUUUGUUGAAUUAAUUUGUAUUAGGUUUUUUUCUAUAAAUAAAAACUAGUUUGCAGUCCA